GAUUUAUACAGGAUCUACCUGGUGAUGUGACAUCCGUUGGUCUUUAUAAGUGUUCGAGUACAUCUACAACUACUGGUAUUUCAACAUCGGCAGAUGUAACAAUUCUCUCAAAAGACAGACAUUUUCAACCAACUGACGGCCGUCUCACGAAAACGAUUUAUCCAGGUGACGACAUCACACUUUCAGUUUCUACCAUGGAUACGUACACAGCUGGAGAAGAUGAAAUCCGAUGGAGGACCUUCUCAAACCUCGCUGAAGGAUCUUUGUCUCCAGAGGGAGACGGGACUCUGACCUAUACCAUUCGAUCGGCGACGAAGAGAAAUGCUGAUAUCUACGGAAUGGUUCAAAACGGCAUGGUUGAAAAUCUAAUGUACAGCUUGAUUCGCGUCAUUGUCAGUGAUUGUCCGAGUGGCCGAUGGAACAUCCCACCCUGUGAUCGUCUGUGUGAUAAUUGCUACAAUGGAGGGAUUUGUCAUCCUCAAUCAGGAACCUGUAUCUGUCCUCCAGGAUUCAUGGGCAAAAACUGUCUGACUGCAUGCGAUGAAAAUCGUUUUGGAUGGGAGUGUGAACUUGAAUGUGGUGCUGGGAAUGCUCUAGAAGCCUGCAGUGGAAGCCAGGUGUGUCUACCCGAUCCAUAUGGAUGCAACUGCCUGGCUGGUUUUACAGGAAUAAACUGCGACGAACAAUGCUUUCCGGGUAAGUUUGGUGUUGACUGCUUUCAAGAUUGCCACUGUGUAGGAGGCAUGCCAUGUGACGCCUUCACGGGAAGAUGUGAGGGAGACUGUGAGGAUGGUUGGUCAGGAGAAGGGUGUCAAGUUCCCCCUGUCUGUCCAGUCGGUUAUUUUGGAAUAAGUUGCACAGAGUUAUGUAACUGUCCUGAGUACUCGAAAUGUGAGAAGGACUCUGGUUUCUGUACAUCAUCGGGAGGACAAUGUGAGAUUGGCUAUGUUGCUGAGUCUCCACAGAGACCAGAUGGAUGUGUCAGAUUUUCCGGAUGUUUCGAGUCUUGUUCUAAGACAUGUCACUGUGCUGGUGGUGUCGAGGACUGUAACCAGGUGACCGGGACGUGCUCUCAAGGUACAUGCGAUCCACGAUGGAUGGGAGACAAAUGUCAAACGGAUCGCUUUAGCAUUUCACGAGCAAAAACCAACCCAGGUGUUGCGAUGUUUUUCUGCAUAUUUUCUACCGACACAAGUGGCAACAUCCCUUCCAUUAAGGCUACUGUGGGGGAUUUCUCAAUGGAAAACUGGGAAAACGCACAGGCCGCAAAUACUGCUACCGAUCAAUCUUCAGUUCAAUCAUACUUUUCGUUUUCCGUUAAUGUCAACGGAAAUCAACCCAUCUACUGUUUUAUUGGCACAUCAACAAGUGACAUUGGAUUUGCUUUUAUCAGAUUGCCACUGCCUGAAACAUUCGUUCUCCCGGUCUUCAACAAGGCGCCUGAGGUAGCAGAACUAGGUUUCAACUAUGUCAUCAUUGCUUGGGAUUCUUGGAACGGUAAUGUUGAUGUUGGUGAAGGUCCUAUCAUUGGGUACAAGGUCUACGUUACUACUUCAGAUGGGAACGAAAGAAACACCUUCAUAGCAUCCUCAGGGGCUCUGAUGGAGAUGGAAUCCUCGGGGAUUGUAUCUUCAAGGAAGAGAAGACAAGAAGAUGAAGGGCUACUGAUGUACAACGUAACUGGUCUGGGUGAUGGUCAAGCAUAUGAGAUUCAAAUUUCAGCAGUUCGUGAGGGACUUAACGGUGAAGGAGAGAAAGGACCUGCUCUGAGUGUUACAACUCUGAAGAUAGCACCCCCUCCUGUCUCUUCUGCAAUUGGCGCCAGCGUUGGUGGGGCAGUAGGAGGAAUAAUCUUCGUUCUACUGCUUAUUGUCAUCGUCAUCAUUGUAGUAAGGAGGAGAAGACGCAAAGUACCGACCAGGACUAGAGAGAACAAACCAGAUCCUUACAUGGAUCUAACACCCAGACCCGAGGCAGACACGACAUACCAGGAGAUGGAUAUCACCUCCACGGCUUCAUCGAAAAGACCAGAAGAAAGACGUCUACCAUCAUCGAACCUGAUUUAUGAGAACCAGAAUGUUGCGCAAUUUGCAAACGAAAUAAAAGGUGAUGUCGAUUAUGAGACUGUAGAUUAAGACAAUUGGAAGCUUCAGAGAAACACAAUAUGCUUUUCAGCAAUUUUUCGUCUCUUGAUUUCCAUCUACAGAGAACAACACCAAUGAAUUAAUUCAGUUAUUAUCAGGCUUUUGAAAGCGAGUAUUGCUUUUAUAACAAGUCUUAAUCAAAUGAUACUAAUCAUUGGCAAGGGUAACAGUAAAAAAAAAAGCAAUACUUUUACACAAAACAUUUUGAAAAGUUAUGAAGAAUAUAGCCUAUUGUAUUUAAUGAUACAGGUAUAUUCUUAGUACUGUACUGUGCCUGUACUGCUUUGAUAGGAAUUUUGGAUAAAAUCUUGUUUACCAUGCCGCAGGUCCUUUAACUAGCUAUAAAACAGACGCCAUUGUUAGAAAUAUUGUAUAUACCGUACGUCCCAGAAAAAACGAAACCGAGAAUUAUCGAUGUUUUAACCUAACUUAAUCGCAAUUAUAAUUAAUAAAUGGCACAUAUUCGUAAAGCUUAGAUCCUCUUCUUUCAUUUGAUGCAACUCAUAUGAUACAUAUGUCACGCAUGAGAGAUUGAAAACAAUUUUAAGAGAGGAAAUCAAAAAAUCAUUUGGCGGGCGGUAUCUGAAUUUCAAAGAGAAUAUCACAUUUCUAGGAAGUUCAAUUUCUGACCUUUCAUAAAUUAUGACACCUCAAUCAGGAAAAAUGAGCCAGGAAGAACAAAGUUCCGUUUGUUUAAAAUAAUGCUUGCAUUUCCAUAAUUUGAUUAGACGAGUUCGUUUUCACUGGCUGCCUGCCGUAGCAACAAACAGAGUUGACAAAAGACCUAACUCCGUCUCGUUGACGAUCAUCCAUGCAUCAAGUCUUUCGUCUUCUAAGCUUUACAAAUAUGUCACAUUUAUUCAUUAUAAUUGUAUAUUGCUAUAAGUUUUCCUACACGUAGUAGCGUUGUGUAUGUGAGGGAUAGAGGGUAUUAGGUUAUCGUCAUUGUUCUAGAACAUGUAUGUUAAAGACCGUCAAUGCUACUGAGCUAGAAGAGAUUAGACCACACAGCGAGGUCACUGACAGGUGGCUAUCUCAUUAACUCAGCUCUCAACUAACAUACG